AUGAAUGCCUCUGACGUGUUCGGCCCUGGAGGCACUGCUGGCAGUGCGGCCGACUCGGCCGAGUUCGACUAUCAGGAGGUGGGUGCUGCCGGCGCUGAAGUGGAUACGACCUGCUCGGUGUCGGAGGCGGCGCCACAGGCCAGCACUUCGGUUCUGGCGUACCUGCACGCUCACCCUGCGGCGCUCCUCUCGGGAGGCGGCGGGGCCCUCGCGGCUCCUGUGGCUGGCGGUACUGGUCCUGGCGCUGGUUUCGAGGGCAGCCGCGUCCGCAGGAGGCGAGGUGCAAGCUUGGGGCGGCGCGCCCGUCGCGUCCGCUUCGACCUGCGUCCAGUCGUCAUCGGCACGGCCUUCGUGGAGGAGUCGGAGGAGGCCCCCCCGCGCGGAGGCGGAGCUGGCGGCGUGGACGAGCCCGUUCGCGGUCUCUGGGCCUUUUUGGACGACCUCUCGUUAGCAUCGUUCGCCUGUGUUGCUCACGGGCCCUCGCUUUCGCUUGAGAGGCUCCUCGUCCUUGCCGAGGCCCAGGGGCAGGACGGUUAG